AUGAUAUUUAAAAGAGAUUUGAGCCUUAGACCUUCACAGGCUAAUCAUGCUUUACCUCUACCCAGUAGCUGCUCUUCAUAUUCUCCUUUACUCAACAACUCGACUGGUAUCAGCUCAAGACUGUCCUCUACCAAACAAAACUGAGAUAGAGACUGCAUUGAGUCCUUUAUUGAUAAAUGCUCAAGGUUUUGGGCCAUUCUCUCCUAAUAUAACAGGACCAGUUCGAUAUGUCUGUCUGUCUCAAGGGGAUAUGAUUGAUACUUACAGGUCAAUCUCUCUUAUAGCUACAUUCACUCCUAACUCAGGAGAAGCUGAACAAACUAAGUUAUUUCUAAUGUAUUGUAUCAGUACUAGUGGUACAUGGAGUGAGUCUGCUACUGAUGGACUACACAAUCCUUCUCCUAAUCUUGUUGGUGCUCCUCCAAGAACUGAUUGUAUUGUCUGUAGGUAUGGGUUUGGUGAUGAUCAAUGCAGAGAGUGUCCAUAUUGUGAUUAUGGACUAAGAAGAUGCACUUCUAGACAUAGCUGCUGUUCAGUGUUUACUGCCAGUGGCUUUUGUGAUUACAGUUGUGAGAGUGAUGGCCCAAACUAUGUUGCUACAGCUAGUACAGGAUUUAUCUGCACAUGCAAUUUAACCUGUCCUGAUGGUUUUACUGUUAAUUCUGAUUGUACUGACUGUGAUCUCAAUAUCUGUGAUGCAGAGAGUCCGUGUGAGAAUGGAGGACAAUGUAUACAGUAUUCACCUGCUGAUAAUUAUACUUGUGAUUGUACUGGUACACGACAUGGAGGAGUGAACUGUGCUAGUCUCAUUCCUAGUCCCUCAUCCUUGACUCCCAUUGCAAUAACCUCUCCCUCUCCCUCUCUUGCUCCUUCUAUUCCUUCAGAAACCUUUGCACCUUGUGGUCAAAACUGUGACACCUGUAAAACUUCAAAUUGUUGUAAGACAUGCUCAUUAGGUUACUAUUUGAAUCCUGACGACUGUACCUGUGGACGUUGUACAGUGUCAAAUUGUUCGAGGUGUCAUUCACUUAAUUCAAGUUGUUGCAUGGAAUGUGAAGAAGGAUUUGAGCUAUGUAGUGAUUGUCAAUGCAAAACAUAUGCGUCUAGUACGGUUAAUCAACUUUUGCCAACUGGAGCUGCCAUUUCUCCAACUGAGAAUGCUAAGACAAGAACUUGGAUAGUACUUUUUUUUGUUGCACUGAUUCUGGUUCUUUGCAUCCUGAUAUUCAUUUCUGUCCUACUCUAUACAAUUAUUUAUUUUGCUUCUGGAGGUGCAAGGACUCGCAUGAACAAAACUAUUUCAAUACCUCCAGCAGCUAAUGCUCGUUUACACAAUAAUCCAUUAUAUGUCUCGCCAGAAGAAGUUACAUUGUCUAUAUCUCCUUCAUGAGCAUCAAGUGACUUCUUAUGUGUUAUAUAAUUAAUAAAUUAUUACUAAUACUAUUUAUUGCAGAGAGUUUUAUUAUGAUGUCAUGAUGUAAAAAAUUGAUGUUUUUGCACCUUUCUGAUUUAAAAAUGGAAUUUUAAAUAUCAUUUUCAGAGUCA